UGUUUCCCAUCUGCGUCCUCUCUCGCGGCUCCCGCGUUGCAUCAUCUCCAGCCCGCGGCGGCUGAGGGAAGGUUGGGCGCGGCGCGACCCCUCAGGCCCGGCUUCAGGCUGCUCUCCCACGCUUCUCCUGGCCCUUUCCACACCUGCUUCUGCACCCACGCCGGGAGCUCCCCGCGGGCCGGCUCCCAGAACCCGCAGGGCACAGCCGGCGGGCGUCGCCAGCUCUGCCAGAUCCGUUCAUUGAGAGCUCCGGCUUAUCCCAGAGCCAAGUCCCCCGCCUCCUCCAGCUCGGGGCCGCGGGCAGCGCCAUGGAGAAGAGUAGCGAAACCAACGGCUACCUGGACGGCGCCCAGGUGGGGCCUGCAGCCGGGCCUGGCGCGCCGGGGUCCGCGGCGGGACACGCGCGGCGCUGCGCGGGCUUCCUACGGCGGCACGCGCUCGUGUUGUUCACCGUGUCCGGAGUGGUGGCGGGCGCCGGCCUGGGCGCGGCGCUGCGCGGGCUUGGCCUCAGCCGCACGCAAGUCGCCUACCUGUCCUUCCCCGGCGAGAUGCUGCUCCGCAUGCUGCGCAUGAUCAUCCUGCCGCUGGUAGUCUGCAGCCUGGUGUCGGGCGCCGCCUCCCUCGAUGCCAGCUCUCUCGGGCGCCUGGGCGGCAUCGCCAUCGCCUACUUCGGCCUCACCACGCUUGGCGCCUCGGCGCUUGCCGUCGCUUUGGCGUUCAUCAUCAAGCCUGGGUCCGGCGCGCAGACCCUCCAGUCCAGCGACCUGGGACUGGAGGAGUCGGGGCCCCCUCCGGUCCCCAAAGAGACCGUGGACUCUUUCCUCGACCUGGCCAGAAACCUGUUUCCCUCAAAUCUUGUGGUUGCCGCUUUCCGUACGUAUGCAACUGAUUAUAGAGAGGUGACCCACAACACGAGCUCUGGAAAUGUAACCCGUGAGAAGAUCCCCAUUGGCACCGAGAUUGAAGGGAUGAACAUUUUAGGAUUGGUCCUCUUUGCCCUGGUGUUAGGAGUGGCCCUAAAGAAACUCGGCUCUGAAGGAGAAGAGCUCAUCCGUUUCUUUAAUGCCUUCAAUGAGGCGACGAUGGUGCUGGUGUCAUGGAUUAUGUGGUAUGUACCCGUGGGCAUCAUGUUCCUGGUUGGAAGCAAGAUUCUGGAAAUGAAGGACAUCAUCGUCCUGGUGACCAGCCUUGGAAAAUACAUCUUCACGUCUAUAUUGGGCCAUUUUAUUCAUGGAGGAAUUGUUCUGCCACUUAUUUAUUUUGUUUUCACACGAAAAAACCCUUUCAGGUUCCUCCUGGGCCUCCUCACGCCAUUUGCAACAGCGUUUGCCACCUGCUCCAGCUCUGCAACCCUUCCCUCCAUGAUGAAGUGCAUUGAGGAAAACAACGGUGUGGACAAGAGAAUCAGCAGGUUCAUCCUCCCCAUUGGGGCGACUGUCAACAUGGACGGGGCGGCCAUCUUCCAGUGUGUGGCCGCGGUGUUCAUUGCCCAGCUCAACAACGUCGAGCUGAAAGCAGGACAGAUUUUCACGAUUCUAGUGACAGCCACAGCCUCCAGUGUCGGAGCAGCAGGCGUGCCAGCCGGGGGGGUCCUCACCAUCGCCAUUAUCCUGGAGGCCAUCGGGCUGCCCACUCAUGACCUUUCUCUGAUCCUGGCUGUGGACUGGAUUGUGGACCGCACCACCACCGUGGUGAACGUGGAAGGGGACGCGCUGGGUGCGGGCAUUCUCCACCACCUCAAUCAGAAGGCCGUGAAGAAGGUCCGGGAGCAGGAGCUGAGCGAAGUGAAGGUGGAGGCCGUGCCCAACUGCAAGUCGGAGGAGGAGACGUCGCCUCUGGUGACUCACCAGAACCCCGCUGGCCCCGCAGCUGGCGCCCCCGAACUGGAGUCCAAGGAGUCGGUUCUGUGAGGGGGCUGGCUCAGGGCUUGCCCACCGGCGGGGCGCCCCGCCGUGUGGGGGCGCGGGCACUGCGCUCACCGACUUUUAGUCCCGAGCAAUGCUUUGGCCCAGUCACCGAUUCAAGGAUUACGUCUCCAUGCCGGCAUUGGGCUUCCCAGCGGGAACUGGUUACCGGAGAGCAGGAUACUCUGCCAUAUGGCUUGGUCCAUGUACAGGUGCAACUGUGUGUGCUUUGGAAACCCGUCCUGGAGCCGCGGGCUGGGGGCGGAGCGGGCUCCCAGGGACCAAGUAGUGACAGCUUGGAACCACACACAUGUGCCCUCCACUGCGCCAGGCAGCUCUGCCCUGGGGGGCUUUCUGGGCAAACGUAGGGGGUUUAGAGUCCUUUGUCACGCUGCCUCGUGAGCCAGAGUAAUUGGGAAAAUUCCCAGAUUCUUACCCUUGUGUGGAAUUCACCGAGCUGGGACUCGAGGUGUGGCUGGUUCUGAUUGACUGGUUGUUGGUGGGCUUGAAGGCGCUGCACAUUUCCAGUUAGAAAUACUCCAGAUGGCGCUUAGCACUGUGGGGGUCUCUGGUCAGUGGCAUUAAGUAAACAGUUUAAAUGCUGAGGUCGGGGGGUGCGGGGGUGCAGCCGGCAAGGGUAAUUUAAACACCCUAUGAGGACAGAUGGACAGACACACACAUACACACACAGGCAUACACCAUCGUCCUCAUUGUCAUCCCAGCCCCAGGGAAGUUUUCUGUUUCCACUACGUGGCCUCUGACAACACUGUAGCUUUAUCCCCAUCCACUCUGAUCUGGCAACAGGCCAGAGAGGGGCCUCUUCCUCCAUCAUCAUUUCAGGACCCGCUGGUUUAUCAAUCCAUUCUUAUAAUUCAGCUAGCCCCCUAAAAUGCCGCACUGUGCAAAACAAAAAUGAAAACACAUAAACUCACUCACUAAUUGGGGUAGAGUGGGUGCCCCCAUUCCCAGGUCCCCAGGUCCCCUGGCUUUGGCUGAUUGCUGUGGGCUCGGUUUCUUUUCCUGCCAGUAGAUCAAAAGUUGAAACCUGUAAGCCAAAUGUCCCCGUUCCUCCAGAUACCUGCCGACCUGGUCUGAAUCUAGGUGAGGGGGCUUUAUCAAGAAGACUGGUGUUGCCAGGGACAGGGAAGACCGAAAGCACAAGGAUGUUCUUUCUCUGUGGCUGUUGAUGUGUUUCCAUGGUGUGAUCUGCAAUGAGUCCUGGCCUUACUUUACCCCAUUUGUAAAAUGGGGCUUGAUGUCACCUGCCUCUUACCUACCUCAGAGGGAUUUGGUGAGGCAAACUGAGGGAAUCCGUGAAAACAACCCUUUUGCUUCUUGGAUAUCAAGUGCUAACACCCCUAUGCUCUUAUGUUUUACCCAAGUGAUAUCUUUCUUCACGGAGGCCUCGCGCUCCUGGUAAAGACAGCUUCUCUGAGCAGAACUUUGUUCUCUGUGUGCGUUAGUAGCUCUGUUAUGCCGCUGGUUCUCUUUGUAGGUAUUUGCUAGCAUCCAGUGCGACCUCUUCCUCACGUUGCUCAGGUGUUCCUGAAUGAACCACCCCAUCUUGCAGCACAUUUCCACGUCCCUGGCUUCCCUGUGACUCCCAGACCCCAGGCACAGGCUCGGCCACCUCACAAUGGGCCAUUAACAGCUUCCAGAUGUCCCACCUCAUGCGUUUUCUUGUUUUCCCUGUUGCUGUGGCAUGGCUGUCACCCUGGCCCUGUAGAAGGGGACACACCAUGAAGAUGUGUAUCCUGUGCUAUUGGGAAUGGGUGGGCGGGGACAGAAGCAGUCAAGCUCCUCUGUUUUAAAAUCGGGGGUGUGUGUCUGAGUGGAAGGAGUGGGCAGGAGCCACGGGGCACAGGGCUGGCCUAGCCAGUGGGAAGGCCCAACUCGCUCCAAACUUCUUUAAACCAGCUAAGCCACUCCCAUGCCGUGUGAGGCCACCAGGGACCAGGAACUGAGCUGAGAGCUGCCUGGAAACCUUGACCCUCUGGCUCCUUGCUGAUCCCCUUCUGUUUUGAAAGAGGAAACAAUCACCUUGUCCCAAAUUGGAAAUGAGCAUUCACUAUUUCUCUGCCUUCUCCUUCGGUAGAUCUUACCUCUCCUUCUUUCACGUGUAUAUGGCUCUAUAUGCACACACACGCAUAUAUAUGUGUGUGUAUCCACAUUGUUUUAGCUCCAAUCCAGGCAAGUUUGAAUUUGGAUAGAGGUGAACUAACCACAGUGUUGGCUUCUGCAAACUGGUUUUCCUGUUUCUAAAAGUAAAUUUCACAAAAGGUAAAACUUAGAGCUGCACAUGCAGUGAGCGCACUCCUCUGUCCUGAACCUGACAGUGCAGUGGGGAGAGUGCCAGGGCCUGCAGCAGGGUGCUUCUGUAUGAAAUCCCCCACGACGGCUCCCCUUCCCCUGGGAGGAAGAAGGUGCUGUGUGUCUUCCUGUUCUUCAGUCUGUAGGAGCAAUCAGACCACGAGUGACCCGGCUGGGGAAAAUCCUACUUUCUCACUAUCUGAAGCUGUCUCCCCCUCUCUUCUAACAUGUUGUCGUAAAUACUGUUCAUCUCUGACUGUUUUGUGUGCGUGACAUUUGCCUUAAAACAUAGCAGUCCUCAAAAUGAAUACAGUAUUUCUGCUAGGAUCUGCAUGUUCCUUUAUUCCUUUCCUGUGCUCCGAAGUGACAGUUACCAAUGGAGCUCUUCCAGGGGAUCACCUGAGGGUGACCGAAUUGAUUUUGUUCUCGCAGCUUUUAGCCAGCCUGACUGCCUGAGGCAGGACAGGCCCGGGGUGGGCCAAGCUGCUGCAGGGCAGUCGCUGAUGGGGCUCGCAGGAGAUGAGUGUCCGGCAGCUUCCGGGAUGCCUCCUAGUCAACACUAGCAGGGCUCAUGAAAAAGUGGGUGGUUUCAGUACAUACCUCCGUAAAAUUAAGUCUUGUUGGAACAGCUAGGUCAACAGGCCUUAACUGAGCAUCUAUAAACCAAGAGCCACGCUGGAAGAAUGCCCUAGUCCAUAGAAUUACUGAGAAAGCCCUGCGUGAGGCACUUGCUCAGGCCUCCGCCAUCAUCCACACCACACCCAGCCCAUUCUUCCGUAUAAUCUCAUUUUCAGUGACACCACAUUCCAGCACAAUUAGGGAAUUUAGGAGCUUCUUAUAAAAGAUUAACCGACAAGCUCACACUGGUAGCCUUAGUUUCCAGGCUCUGGAGCCCCUGAAGAAACAGGUCCCGUUCUGACCUGCACGUUUCCAGCUCUUCAUAUCAUACAGACACCAGUUUUAAUUUCUGGGCAAGGCCCAAAGGGAUGAGGACAGAGCUUACACAGACCAAGGGCCUGAUGGGGCCUGUUAGUAACGACCAGAUUCCCACCUUGGAGGACAGCUGUCUUGCUUCUCGGUUUUGAAGAGUGUUUGAAGGCUGAGGUUGGUACUCAGUGCCUCAGCUUUUUCAUAUAGCCAAAUCAAGAGGGGCAAUUCCAUAAGCUGCCUCUUCCCCGGUGAGCAGGAAGUGUGCAGACCUCUGGGGUCACCUGAGCCUGUUGAGGGGAACUUCGCACGGCACCCAUGAAGGACAUGAGCGAUGUAGCAAGGAGGAGUGUGCACUGUCUGGGUUCCAUCCCCGCUCUGCUGCUUGCGUGCUCUGUGACCCGAGACGCAACAACCCCUCUGUGCCUCAGCCUCCUUAUCUUUUUUUUUUUUAAGAUUUUAUUUAUUUAUUUGAGAGAGUGAGCGAGCACAAGCAGGGUGAGCAGGAGUGGGAGAAGCAGACUCCCUGCUGAGCAGGGAGCCUGACAUCAGGACCCCGGGAUCAUGACCUGAGCUGAAGGCAACGCUUAACUGACUGAGCCACCCAGGCACUCCAGCCUCCUUUUUAAAAUGGGAACAGUAAUCUUACUAGGGACAUAGGCUAUUGUGAAGGUAGAGGAGUUAAUUUACAUAAAGUGCUCAGAAAGUGCCUGGCACAUGGCAUGUGCUCUGGUAGUGUUGGCUCUCAAAUCAGACACCCAGUGGCAGGAAAGGUUCCCAGUCAGCCUGUGUCCCUUCGUGUGCGGGCCCAGCAAGUGGCAUCUGAUUCCUCGUUCUCCUGUGGAGAUAGAGAGGAAGAUCUCUUACAGCUGGUGGGUCUGUGGCUGGAGAGUAGAGGAGCAUGCCCAUUUUGAACAUGUAUUCUAAAACUAUUUGGGUAACUGCUUAAAAAGAACCGACCCUGUAAACAAUGGUCAGGAUGCAUUCGAAUUUCUCUUAUUCACAAAAGAAGCCCGCUACUCAUGCUUUCUCUCUUCAGCUGCAUCCUCCCAACUUGCCACUCAGGGUGCCAGCAGCUCUUGGCAAUACCCUGUCGUCUAGACAGAAAUUUGCUCUCCUGGUCAGGCUCACCCCCUCCUCAUCGUGCUUAGGGGGGUGCAGGCAGGAUUUGGUGUGGGGGUUCUGGUCUCCCUCCCCAUCUCAAGGCCUUUGCCCUGCAGUCCCCCUUACUUGGGGCUCCCAGCGAGUGAAUACAUAGCAAGAAGGAGAAUCUUAAGUCAUUUGAAAGAAAACUUCCCUCUUCAAAGGAAGACAGCCAUGAGUCCUCACUGGCUUUUUGUCUUUUCAGAGAAUGGCACUGGGUAUCCUAAAAUUUCUGAAAUCAGAGUCUCAAACCUGAAUUGUGUGUCUUAGAAACAAUAUGUAAAAAAGUAUUGGGCUGAAUUUUUAGCAGAUGUAGGAUUAUUUAGAGCAAGACACAAGACUGAGAUGAGAGCCUUCGGAUCCCUCGAGUGUACUGUAACAGGUGAACUUGCCCCAGGUCUAGGACACAACUGCCCCCAAGCUCUGCCUUUACAGGGAAAAAGAAAAUCAUGCAUAAAGCUCAGAAGUUUUCCUUCUUUGAAAAAAUAGUUUCCGGGGUGUCCUGAGCUCAGUAAAGAUGCAGUGUCUCUUCAUUUUUUAAAAAAUAUAAUGGUUAUAUUUACAUAUAUAUUUACAUAUAGUCCACAUACCAUAAAAUUCACCCUUUUAAAGUAUACAAUUUUUAGUAUAUUCACAGAAUUGUGCACCCACUACCACAUUCUAAUUCCAGAACAUUUCCAUCACCCCAAAAAGAAACCUAGGACCUCUGGCAUCCACUAAUCUGCUUUCUGUCUCUAGGGGUUUGCCUACUCUAGACAUUUUGUAUUUAUAGAUAGAGAUGCUUCCUUUCAUAGAUACAUCCCAGAUAAAGAAAAUUGAUGUUCAAAAUGUAAUCACUGUCCACAUUCCCAGUACACUCCAUUCUGCCCACACAUACCCAAAGGAGACUCUGUAAGAUCUUAAUCAUUAAAUACAGACUCCCUCAUUUUAGCAUGUUGAGCCAAAAAAAAAAAAAAAA